UUUUUCUGAUACUAAACAUAAACUGUUCUGUCUUAAACUCUUAGGGAAUCCUUACUGCUUAAAAGCACUAAAUCUGAUUAAUUAUUAUUAUUCUCUGGCAAAAUGUGGGCCGAAGCAAUUGAAUGAAGGUGUUUUAAAAUAUUAUAUUCUUGAAUUUUGUUUUACAACUGCAAGUGUGUUUUGAGGACUGAGCUGAGGAGUUGAAGCCUCAGUAUUUUAACUGAAAACUUUCAGUUCCUGAUACUUCCCUUCUGUAGUUAAUGAGGAUUUACUGUGGGAUAUUGAGAUGCCCCUUCUUAGCUCUGUCAAAAGUGACCCAGAGGAAACACCAUCAGUUCCAUGUUUGCCCCUCAAGUAUUUUUGUUCCACUCCUCACCAAAUCUUAAAAAAUCUGAGGAGAAGAAAUAAAGGGAGUUAAGGGUGGUGGUGGCUAAUCAAAGGAGGAGGUGUGAGAGAGGGAAUGGCCUCGCAGAACUGUAAUGGAAUUAUAUACAAAUAGUAAGCUGGGCAUUGUUUUUACAUUCCUGUGUAGUACAAGACCAUAAUCCAUUUAAAAGCCAACUUAUAUGAUUGAUUAAAGUGAUAGAUUUUUAUGUAACUGUUGAUAUCCAGAAUUUCCUCCUGAGAAGGCAAUAAACACGACUGUAAUAGGGACGAGGAAGGGCCUACACGUGUAUAUAACUGAGAGAAUACCCCACACUAAUGCAGGAGAAAAAUGAGCUCUCAUUUCAGGGAUAGUCCAGUUGUAGACUUAUGGAAUGAGUAAUUUAUUGGGGAGAUAUAUAUAGAUAGAUAUGUGUAUAUUUAGGGGUAUAUAGACACACACACACACACACACAAUCAUCCAAACACUUCCCCUGGUUUCCUCCCUGUGAAUUUACACUAUGUGGGAGUUCUGAUGCUGUUCACCAUCAGCAACUAGAUGGAGGCUUAGAUAAGGCUGCUGGUGUUGUCAGAUGCUGGAGUUCCUGGUUUAUAAAUAUUUCCAGGGAAAGCCUUGGAGCACAGACACAGAUCUUCCUCUGUACCAAAAAACCUUUUAAAGGAAGAAACUAUCCAAGAUGAUCUCUCCUCACAAAAAAAAAAAAAAAAAAAAACAAAAUAGGGUUGUUUUUUUCUCCUAGGAUGACUUUGUUUUGGGGAAGUUUCUUGGAUUGCUUCCAGGUAGAUUUUAAAUGUUUUCCAGCUUGUCCAAAAUAUUUAUGGGAGUCCCUAAUGCUCUUGCAGGUGGUGCCUUGUGCUGACUUGCAUGUUGUUCUUUCUUUGAAUGAAGCAGUUAGAGAGAUCCAGACUGCAAAAUAAUUGCAGUGUGAGCAGGAUCUACCAGGAAAGAACACGUAGAGCUGUCGACGCGGAGAACGGAGAGAGGGUUUAAAUGAAUUACUGUUAUCUCUUGGGCAGAAAGGAAGGCUGCUGUUUGAAGAUAAAUCUGAUGCUGUGUUUGAUAUUACAGAAAAAUGUGGUGAAAUUCUGGAUGCAGAAAUGUCUGAGGACACUGACAACUUAACACCCGCCCUGGACAGCUUAUCUUACGGGAUAUCGAAUCGAACAGGAGCUGAGAACUCCCUGCAGGGUGAUGAUCAUGAUUAUUUUCUGAACUCUGGGGAUCUUGCAGGCAUACCUGUUAUUGGGAGUGACAACGAAGAGGAGCAGAAUUUCACUCCAAAAGACACUCUUUCUUCAGCGAUUCCCGAUGAAGAUCAUCUGGAAGAGGGCAAGAGAGUUCCAGAACACGAAUUGGACAGCGAAAAGGAAAUUCAGAUGCAGAAUGCAAUCCAGAAGGAUCUCCCUUCCCCCUUUGAGCAGGGCCCUGUAUUUAAAUCCCACCGGAAGGAUUUUAGCAUAACCCGAGAUAACGGCAAAGAGACUUUUUCAGCAAAGGAUAAGAAUAGAGAAGGACAUUUUCAAGAACGUGAGAAACGGUUGGAAAAAAUCCCUAAAGAUAUGGAUUCUAGGUUGAAAAGCAGUUUUCUUGACAAAGCAGUUCAUAAUCAAGUAGAAGAAACAUUACGGACGCAGUUAGCGCCACAAACUCCAGAAACUAACUUCAGGGAGUCUAGCUACCUAUUUUCUAGUAAGGAAUCUAUUGGACAAGAGCUGGGGAAUUCCUUUGCACGAAAUAUUAGAAUUAAGGAGGAGCCCUUGGAUGACGAAUAUGAUAAAGCUAUGGCCCCACAGCAGGGACUGUUAGACAAAAUUAAAGAUGAACCUGGUAAUUCUGAGGAGUACGGCCAACAGCCAAAAUCUCAGGAAGGGGAGCUGAAAAUCAGUGCUGUAUUUUCAGUCAGUGGCAAUCCUGUUGCUCCACAGCUGUCAUCAGGUUUCCAGCCUGCUGUGGCAUCCUCUGGCAUGAGCAAAAUGCUCCCUUCAGUUCCAAGCACAGCUGUUCGGGUUUCCUGUUCUGGCUGUAAAAAAGUCCUGCAGAAGGGGCAAACUGCCUACCAGAGGAAAGGCUCGACCCAGCUCUUCUGCUCCACACUGUGCCUCACUGGAUACACCACUCCAGUUUCUCGCCCACCAGCUUCUACCAAGAAAACCUGCUCAAGCUGCUCGAAAGAAAUUCUAAAUCCAAAGGAUGUAAUCACUGCCCAGUUUGAUAACACGGACUCCAGUAAGGAUUUCUGCAGCCAGUCUUGUCUGUCCACGUAUGAACUGAAAAGGAAACCCAUUGUCACUAUCCACACCAACAGCAUUUCCAGCAAGUGCAGCAUGUGCCAGAAGAACGCAGUGAUCAGGCACGAGGUGAACUACCAGAACGUGGUGCACAAGCUGUGCAGCGACGCCUGCUUCUCCCAGUUCCGCUCGGCCAACAACCUGACCAUGAACUGCUGUGAAUACUGUGGGGGGUACUGCUACAGUGGCUCUGGGCAGUGCCACAUCCUGCAGAUAGAGGGACAGUCCAAAAAGUUCUGCAGUUCCAUAUGUGUGACGGCCUACAAGCAGAAGUCAGCUAAAAUCACCCCCUGCACACUGUGUAAAUCUCUGAGAUCUUCAGCUGAGAUGGUGGAGAGCACAAACAACGUGGGGAAAACGGAAUUGUUUUGCUCUGUGAACUGUUUGUCAGCAUACAGAGUAAAAAUAGUCUCUUCUGCAGGUGUCCAAGUUCAGUGCAACAGCUGUAAAACCUCAGCCAACCCCCAGUAUCACUUGGCCAUGUCAGACGGGAGCAUACGCAAUUUUUGCAGCUACAAUUGCGUGGUGGCUUUUCAGAACCUGUUCAACAAGCCUUCGGGGCUGAAGUCCUCGGUGGUGCCGCUGUCGCAGGGUCAGGUCAUCGUGAGCAUCCCCUCGGGGACGGUGGUGUCGGCUGCUGGCACCACCUCCACGGUGUCCCCCAGCUCCACCAGCACCUCAGCUGCUGCAGGGCUCCAGAGACUGGCUGCCCAGUGCCAGCAGGUCACUUUUACCCGCCCUUUUGUAAAACUCAAGUGUCAGCACUGCAGCAGAUCGUUUACAACCAAACCUGAGCUGCUUGACUACAAGGGUAAAAUGUUCCUCUUCUGUGGGAAGACCUGCUGUGAUGAGUAUAACAGUGUGAUGGCUUUGUGUGAAUACUGCAGGUUUGAGAAAAUUAUCAAGGAGACAGUGAGAUUCUCAGGCACAGAUAAAACGUUCUGUAGUGAAGUUUGUAAACUGCUCUAUAAACACGACUUGUCAAAGCGCUGGGGAAACCACUGUAAGAUGUGCAGUUACUGUUUACAAACUGCCCCCAAACUGGUGCAGAAUCACUUUGCGGGGAAAACGGAGGAAUUCUGCUCAGAGGAGUGCAUGUCUAAAUUCACAGUUCUGUUUUACCAGAUGGCAAAGUGUGACGGGUGUAAGAAGCAGGGCAAACUCGGCGAGUCCAUCAAGUGGCAAGGGGAGAUGAAGCAUUUUUGCAACCUGCCUUGCAUUCUGCUGUUCUGCAAACAGCAAAGUGUUCCUGACCCUCCACCCCCAAACAACACAGCAAACCUUUCCAUGGCACCUGCCUCCUCCUCAGGCCCUCCUUCUUUGAGAAAGGACUCAACCCCUGUCAUAGCAAACGUGGUGUCCCUUGCAAGCACCCCAGCUGCCCAGCCUACUGUUAACUCCAACAAUGUCUUACAGGGUGCAGUCCCUACUGUGACAGCAAAAAUAAUAGGAGAUGCAAGUACCCAGACAGAUGCCCUGAAGCUCCCAUCAUCAAAACCACCCAGGCUUCUAAAAAACAAAGCUUUAUUGUGCAAGCCAAUCACACAGACUAAGGCCACCUCCUGCAAACCUCACACACAACACAAAGAAUGCCAGACAGAAGCAGCGCCUGUUCCGCCCCAGAUCGUUGUGGUACCUGUUCCUGUACCAGUGUUUGUGCCAGUGCCCCUCCACCUCUACACUCAGUACACACCAGUUCCCCUGGGGAUGCCAGUACCUAUACCAGUUCCCAUGCCCUUCCCAACUACCCUGGAUAACGCUGAUAAGAUCAUUGAAAAUAUUCAGGAUGGCAAGGAAAAGGUUUCCAUGAAUCCAUUUGAAGCUGAUCUCCUUCAGAUGGCGGAAAUGAUUGCAGCAGAUGCGGAGAGAGAAAAAACACACUCUCAUGGUGGAUCUCAAACAUCUGAGCACGAGCUCUUCCUGGACCCCAAGAUAUUUGAGAAAGACCAGGGCAGCACCUACAGCGGAGACCUGGAGUCCGAGGCCGUGUCCACCCCCCACAGCUGGGAGGAGGAGCUGAACCACUACGCCUUACGAUCCAGUGCCCUGCCAGAGCCCGAGCCAGAGCUGAAGCAGUUCUCCAAAGGGGAUGUGGAACAGGACCUGGAGGCAGAUUUCCCAUCAGACUCAUUUGACCCUCUCAGUAAAGGACUGGGUUUGCAGUCACGUUCGCGGGCAAGGCGGAGACACAGGGACGGCUUCCCACAGCCAAAAAGAAGGGGACGGAAGAAGUCUGUGGUUGCUGCGGAGCCCCGGAAUCUCGUGCAGGGCUCCUACCCCGGGUGCUCUGUGUCUGGGAUGACCCUGAAGUACAUGUACGGGGUAAACGCCUGGAAAAACUGGGUCCAGUGGAAAAACGCACAGGAGGAACAAGGGGACCUGAAGUUUUCAGUUCAUCCUGUGAAGCUCAAGGAGGACAUUCUCUCAUGCACUUUUGCUGAGCUGAGUUUUGGCUUGUGCCAGUUUAUUCAAGAGGUGCGGAGACCAAACGGAGAAAAAUACGAUCCUGACAGCAUCUUAUACUUGUGCCUUGGAAUUCAGCAGUACCUAUUUGAGAAUGGUAGAAUAGACAACAUUUUUACUGAGCCCUAUUCCAGGUUCAUGAUUGAACUUACAAAACUUCUGAAAAUCUGGGAACCUACAAUUCUUCCAAAUGGUUAUAUGUUCUCAAGAAUUGAAGAGGAACACUUGUGGGAGUGUAAGCAGCUGGGUGCAUAUUCCCCCAUCGUUUUAUUGAACACCCUUCUAUUCUUCAACACCAAAUACUUCCAACUAAAGAAUGUCAGUGAGCACCUGAAACUGUCCUUUGCCCAUGUUAUGAGGCGCACCCGAACUCUGAAGUAUAAUACUAAGAUGACAUAUUUACGUUUUUUCCCACCCUUUCAAAAACAAGAGGUAGAAUCAGAUAAAUUAUCCGUAGGCAAAAGGAAACGCAGCGAAGAUGAGGAGAGUCCAACAGCAGUGGAGAUGGCUGAGAACACGGAAAACCCCCUGCGCUGUCCAGUCCGACUUUAUGAAUUCUACUUAUCAAAAUGCUCUGAAAGCGUGAAGCAGAGGAGUGAUGUGUUCUACCUGCAGCCCGAGCGCUCCUGUGUCCCCAACAGCCCCAUGUGGUAUUCCACACUGCCCAUAGACCCAGGAACCUUGGACAUCAUGUUAACUCGGAUUCUUAUGGUGAGGGAGGUACACGAAGAACUUGCCAAAGUCAAAUCAGAGGACUCUGACAUUGAGUUAUCAGACUAACCGAAGCGGGGUAUUUUCCUUUGAAUACACAUCAGAAGCACCAAAAUGUGAAUACGUCCAGCAUUUGGAAAAUGUGUAUCAAAUAGGCCAAGAAAAUGUCACCUACAGGCAGAUUUUGUACCACAGUGGAUGUACAAACUGGAACUGGAAGGAAGCAAGCUGUAUAAGCUGCAAAACCCGACGUCCUGUGGCACCGACCGAUCCUCGGAACAAAUCCAACUCAGCUAUUGGAGUGGUGCAUAAAUCCUUUAUCUGUUUAGGAUUUUUUAAAAGUUGUGAGAUAUUUUUAAGGCAAAUGGUUGUGUAAAAUCUCCCCUUGCACUGUUGGGCACGGAGAGCUAGACUGUGGCUCAGGUGACUCCCCAGCCUGCUGGCUGGCAGUCCUUGCUGCCAGAGAACACGAGGAUCUUCCCAAGGAUCCGAGAGAAAGGGGUGAGGUUUGGACAAACAGACACCUUCCGUUAUAAAUACACCUACACAUACACUCUUAUAGUUUUUUUUUUAAUCUGGGAUCAAGUGUUAGGAAGGCAGGAGCCACUGGCCAUCCAAAUGGACAGCUCUGGCUGCUGUGGGAUGGUCACAGGAGGCCAGACUCCGGCUCUCACUCCGGGCUCUCCUCUGCUGGAAGAGGUGCUGUAGGUCAGAUCCGGGGGAUGGACAGCAGGUGAUCCUGGGCCCUGUGCAGUCCCUUCCCCAGCCCAGGAGCUCUGCACUCUGUCCUUGCAGUCCAGCCAAUCCUGUGGUGCACAGAAGGUUUUUUUCCCUUAAGGCAGCUUUUCCUUUCUCCUCUUUCCCUCCUCCUGCUGUUUGGGUUAUUUUGUGAGGUGAAUCCGGAGAGGGCUUUGUCAUUUCAAACAGAAAUACACACACACACUCUUUCUCUUUCCACCUUUGCAGUGUUGUGCAAAGGAUGCAGUAUUACUUCUGACACCGGAACUGUGGUAGAAAAUAACCAUGUGUGUUUUUUUUUCCCACCCCACCCAAAGAGAUUUAGUCAUAGUGUUGGAAAUUGAAAGAGAUUUUUUUAAGGCUUGGCUGUUACUGAGUCUUUUAGAAGAGAAAAGCUCCCACGUGGUGUUUAGAGGACAGGACAUUAUCAGAUACUCUCUGUAGCUCUGUUUUCUUAAGCUCUAGACAUGUGUUUCUGAUGACCAGUGAUCACAAAUUCAUUGGAAACCCAAACUGUUUUUAAAGAAGAGAACUGUAUGGUUUUUAUCUAGCUCUGGUCAGUUAUCCAUCUUCUGUAACAGGGGUCUGAUAUUUGAGCUUGUCACUAAAGUUUCAAGAGAAAAAAAAAUCAACAGCCUUGAAUUAUAUUUCCUUUUUUUUUUUUGUUUUGUUUUGGUUGGUUGGGUUUUUUUGUUUUUAAUUAUUUUUUUAGCAGUUACGAAAGUAAUUUAACAAAAAUAAAAUCAGAAAGUAGUCUAUUGACGUUGUGUACUCGGUAGUCCUGUCCCUGCCUGUAACAGAUUUCACUGAUGUAUUUUUUAAUACAGAAAAUUAUGUGAAAAGUAAAACCUGCCCCUGAUUCUGUCUGAUCAAAGCC